AUGAGGGACAAGAAAAUUUUCCUGAAUCCAGAUAUUUUUUUGCCUGAAAGGCACAUAAAGAAGGUUGCUUCUGACUUGAACAAGGUUGCUCUUACUGAAGUGAUAGUCAAUUCCACAUCAUUUGUGGCUGAAGACAAUCCUAGUAGUAUUGUAUUUGGAUUUGGAAGGAGGGCCUGCCCUGGAAAAUACUUUGCUGAUACAAUUUUAUGGGAGACAAUAGUGAAUGUGCUAGCAUUAUUUAACAUAAAACCUUACACAAAUCCUAAGACAGGCAAGAUAGAUGUCCCAAACUUUGAGUUUGAUAGUGAUGGGAUUAUUGUGUGA